GAAAACUACUUCCGGCGGAUGUGAAGCCUGUGAUUGGUCAAGGCCUGCACCGACUGCGCUGAUUGGUUCACAUGGCUUGUUGGUAAACUGAUCUGCCCCGGAUGUAAAACUGAGCCAGCUUUGCUAAGACGUAAGAUCUACUCAUUGAUUCCCGUCUGCUGAGAACAUGUCUGACAGUGAUGGCCAGGCACACGAGCCUGCUGGACUGGAGGGUCUGCCACCAAUGCACAGCAUUUCCAAAGGAGAGGUGGUCUCUGUGCAGACGUACGGAGCCUUUGUCAGACUUCCAGGAUACAAGAAAGAAGGUCUGGUACAUGUGAGUGAGAUGUCAGCAUCGAGGGUUGAGAGUGCCUCAGAGAUUGUCGAUAUGGGGGAAAAGGUGUGGAUUAAGGUCAUUGGGAGAGAGAUUCAAGGCGACAAGGUGAAGUUGUCCUUCUCAAUGAAAGCUGUCAAUCAGGGAACAGGACAGGACUUGGACCCAAACAAUGUUAUGGCAGAGCAAGAUCAGAGGCGACGUAGGAAAUUUAAGGAUCACACAGGCAACAGGAUCACACUGGAAGCUGUACUCAACACAACAUGCUCAAAGUGUGGCUGCAAAGGUCACUUCACAAAGGACUGUUUCUCCACUCCGGGCUUGCAGUACGCUCUAGUGCCUGAGGAAGACGCUGAAGCGCCACAGCAGCAGCAACAACAGCAGGCCUCAGCUGUUGCACCACAGCUAGACUCAGACAAAAAGAAGAAGAAAAAGAAGGAGAAGAAAAUGAAGAAGAAAAGGAAGAGGGAAAGGAAGGAGUCGGGGAGCGACAGCAGCAACAGCAGCAGUGACGAAUGCAAAUCCAAGAAGAGACGCCACGAGCACGACAAAGAGGACAAGAAGAAGAAGAAACACAAGAAACACAGAUCACACAAACACAGCUGAGACAGCCACAAAUACAUACGUACAUGCAUACAUAUCUUAUUCACACACACUGCAGCUAUCAGACAGACGCAGAAGAGGAAGUGGUUGGCAUCAGACUGCCAGAUAUGUAUCUUUUUUUUUAUUAUUCCUCCACUUAAAGCUCAAUAUAGAUAUCUUCAACCCUUUAGGUUAACCCAUCUUAUCAUCAAGCUUGCAGACUUCCUAUCAAAUUUCAAGAAAUCAAAUUAUUGUCCAGAGGGUAAACGGUUGCAAAAUCAGUUGACAAGCCCCACUUGUCCUAAAGUAACCUCUGGCUCCCGCUCAGAGGGAGGAGUGUACUCAUCAUACUGUAUGUAACCGGAUAAGUGAAACCAAUAUGGCUGCAAGCGGCUUCCCGCAUGGAAUUUAGAUAUUGUUUUACACUAGACUUAAGGGGGUGUAACAUUAAAGUCCUUUAAAUAACCCUUUCAGAGAAAUCCCACACACAUACACACCCACACCCACACACAGGCAUAUUAAAGACAAACAGGAUGUGUAAUAUCGCACAUGUGAGCGUGACAGGAUCUUCAGGUUGUGAUGAUAUCCUGGAGCUGUAUGCUGUUCAUUGUCCAUUUACAUACGUGUGUGUUUGUGUAGCUUGCCAUCAGGGGAUGCUUUCAACACACACAGCCGGUUUCCUGCAUGUCAACUGUUAACUCCAUUAAAGUUGUUUUUAUUUGUGAAGA